AUGUAUCGCUCGGGCUCUUACAACAUGAUGUGCCCUGAUGAGGACGAUACCCUCAGCCAAUGUGGCCAAUCUCAGAUGCUUUGGCAGGAGCAAAAGCCCCCCGAAAGCUGGCAACAAGCCUCCCAGUCACAGCUUUGUGACGUAAAUCAGCCCCCUCAUGAGCAGCAACAAGUCUCCCAGUCACAACUUUGUGACGUAUAUCAGCCCCCUCAUGAGCAGCAACAAGUCUCCCAGUCACAACUUUGUGACGUAUAUCAGCCUCUUCAUGGCCAGCAACCGGAGCCCCUGUAUGGACAGCAACAGCUUGCCCAGCUGGCGUCCCCCCUCGACUGCCUCAACGCGCACACGUCCACGCCAUCUGGCUAUGGGUACGCCGCACCAGUGUUCGUCAACCCUCACGACCUUAUGCACCCACACCAUGCUUCAUUUGAUGAAAGUCAACUGUCGACUCCCAACUGCGGCCUUUCCGCGAGUCAUGACACCACCGGAUUGUUUUUGCCCGGACCAGCUAGCAGCAGUCUCUCGCAGCAGACAACGCAGGAGAGGACGCCCGUUUUGUGA